CGAGAGAGCGGCCGGCCUCGCCGGCACCCCGGACACACACGGGGCUCUCGCGAGAGCGGGGCCCGCGGGCCGGCAUGGAGCGGCUGUUCGCGCUGGAGCUGCUGGUGGAGGCGCUGCGGGUGGCGGAGCCGGGGCCCGCGGAGCUCCCGGGGCCCGCGGAACACCCGGCCGUGGCGCUGCGCCUCCUGGACUUCCCCACCCUCGUGCUGCGCCCCGCCGCCGCCGCGCCGCCGCUGCGGCCGGGGCAGCCCUUUCCCUUCGGCCGCGGCAAGCGCUGCCUGUUCCGCUGGCGCCCGGACUCGCUUUUCGCCGCGCUCCGCCGCCGCCCGCUCCGCGCCCUGCUCCUGGCGCUGCCCGCCGGGCUCGCCCCGGGACGCCCCCGCCUCCUCGGCAGCUGCGCCGUGUCCUUGGCCCCCGCCGCCGAGCUGCUGCAGCGGCCCGGGGCGCCCUCCUCCUGCGGCCGCCGCGGCCGCUUCGCGCUGCGGGACACCGCCGGCCGCCCCGUCGGGGAGCUGGUCCUGCGCUACCGCCUGACCAGCCUGGAGGCCGGUGAGGCGCGACCCGCCAGCCCCCGCGCCGCCACACCGCCUGCCACCAGCCCUGAACCGCGGGACGAGGAGGAGGAGAAGGAGGAGGAGGAGGAGGGGGAGCAGCUGGAAGGCAACGUCUUUUGCCCUCCGCUGCUCUAUUACAGCCGUGAGCCGGCUGAGCCUCAGCGGCCGCCAGCAGCAAUAAGGCAAUGGGAGCAUAUCGAGCCGCAGAGACCGCAGGAGAAGGACAAGGGCCCCAGCCCACCACGUCCCAGUGCUGGGCCCUCACUGCUGCACCCCGCCAGCCCUCGAGAGCCCCAGAACGCCCUGGUGCAGCUGCCAUUGCUCAGUGCCUUGCUGGCAGAGCUGUCCGUGCUCACCCGCAGCGCUGUGCCUGCUGCUGCUGUCCACCCCCAUCUUGCCUGGCUCUACCGGGCCCCAGGGAGUGGGGACACGGCCUCACAGCCUCCCAGUCACUCUGCUGCCCUGAGGCCUGCAGAGACACCUGUGGGGCUUGGCAGGUGCAGUGAAGUCACGAGCCCUCCGUUCCAACAAGGCUGUCAAAAGACCACCUCCCCAGAGUCUUCUGGGGUUGGGAGAAGACCCAAGAAAGCUGUGCCUGAGGGACAGCCAGCCUGUGAAAGGAGCUGCAAAGCUAAGGAGAACAGACCUCCCAGAAAGAAGUUGUUGUAUGGGCUAACAAAUACUCUGAGGCUACGGCUGCAGCAGACCAACCCGGAUAAGCUGAUAAUUCAUGAAAGGAGGGAGCAGUACAGGAAAAAGCAAAUGGAGAUGCUGAAAGGGAGAAGCCCCUUACCCAAGAGAAAACUGGUCAGAAAUACUGAAGAACAGCAUGUGGUGUCUUGCAGGCAUUGUAGCACAGGAGGCAGUUUAAAGCGGAAUAAUCAGUUGGAUAAAAUUAUUCAGACUUCAUUAGAAAACAGUGCUCUCUCCGAGUCAAUUUCUGUGACAGGAGAUAAAUCCCCUGGUCUGCAGAAACAGUCUAUUGCAAGUCUAUCCAGGAACGAUUCAAUAACUAUAGCCCCCUUACCGGAGGAAACUCUGUUAAAAUCUGCUCAUGAGGAAAAGUAUGCAAAAGCUCAACUCCCAGCAGCAUUCCCAUCAGAUGCUAAUGGAAAAGGAAGUUACAACGAUGCAAUACACUUAAUCCAUCAUAAAACCAUGGAGCAUGAUGAUGUGUCUGUUGUAAGUGGUCAUAAACUAAGCCCCAGCAGGAGUGUUGAAAACAACUCUGAAUUCAUAUACUCUGAUGACUUUGUUGCUAGUCCAGAGAACACAGUUUGUUCAGGAGAUUGCACCAAUGCUGAGUGUACAGGCAGAGACUCGAAAGUUCAUGACAGCAGUCCUGAACCUCUGUGGCUUGAAAGAGCAAAGCAAGAUUGGUCAGAUACAGAGCCAGAAUCCAGCAGGUCCAGAAUUUCAAAGACAAGUCAAAGAGCUCAAAGUACUUCAGAUCUUGUGCCAGUUCCUUCAGCUUCAUCUCCAGACCAGUCUUUGAGGAGAAACUGUGACUUAAAAACCAGCAUGGAAACUAGUGCUGAAUCUGCUGAUUCACUUAACCUUGCUGAGAUGGAGGCAUCAUUAUUAGAAGAUGAAGAGCAGAAAGCCCAACAGAUGAGUAAGGAAGAGAACAGAGGUGAUCGACAUAUUAAAGAAAUAUCUUCACUAAGAAGCAAACAAGUUAAAUCUGAUACUGACCUGAAUACAGGAAAGGGGCAGACGUCUACAGGACAAAAGCAGUCAGUAACUCAAGUUAGCUCUUACUUGCCAUCUAACAUGUCUGAUCUUGAACUUAGUGUUCUGGAAAACAGUAGGUCAGACAAAGAAGAUGAUUUUCUGGAAAAACUACAUGGCCCUAAUCAGUUCAAAGACAUCAGUGAACUUGUUAUAAACAAACUCCCAGGAUACACAAUGUAAUUAUAAGUUUUCACUGUCUGGAUUAAGAUGAAAUAUUUGAACUUUGUAAAAUCUGUUACAUUUAGUUACACUAAAUUUAAGAUUUUAUCAUGCACAUGUAUUACAUCAGUGAAUUCACUUAUGAGGUUUUUAAAAUAAAUUACUAUUUGAAUCUCUAACAAA